AGCCAUCCCCAUACUAGCCGCCUGCUCCAUUCUAACCUUUAACCUCUCGCUAGCGUCUGGCUCUCCGGUCGGCUAAGGUCGUCCCCUUUCAACCUCGCAAACACAAACACAAAACCACCACCUCCACAACCACCACCACCCUCCACCCACUACACAACUCUCCAUACUCUACUUCCAACAACUUUCCCCCUCUAGGAAUACUCUUCUGGAUACCCUCAUACAUCAUCGCAACCCAUCACCCCCUAUCUCGCAUCCGCGAAUAGAGACUUGGCUUGCGGGUCAAACCGACAUCCCCUCUACUCUUGCGCCUUGCGAUUCCAGCUCUAUACCAUACCAGGACAACCUGCGUUGCAUGCCCAAGUCUCCAUACAGACUCCAACAUGGCUUUCGCGCAAUCCGGUGGCGAAGAUUCGAAGGCGGCAGGCCUCUCUCUCAACCUUCCCUCCAACAACCCCUUCCGCAACCGCACAACUUCACCAGUCUCAUCUGGCCAGCUCCCCCCAAUGGAGCCCCCACCAAGACCGCUAUCACGGAACCCUUUCCUCGACGAUGCAGGAACCGUUAAGGAAAGCCUGUGGAGGCUCCCGUCUCCUUCAGCAAAGCCGGCACCUUCGACAGGAAGUGCCACCGCUGAACUAUUCGACGAGUUGACGCUUGAUGACAAACCAAGAAGCUCGCGCCCUCAACAGCCCGCCAGAUCGUUAACCGAUACUUCACGCGCCGAAAACAUCCCUCCAAAUGGCUCGGUGUCUCACCGUCCGACGCGAUCCCAGGACAGGCGUCCUCCAGGCCCUCCAAGGACCGAUAAACCACAACCACGCCUACCAACAAACAAGCUGGACAUCUUUGCCGACCCAACUGAUACGAAACCUAAUGAGCGUCGUCCGAGGCGCAAUUCGGACUCUUCGUUGAUGGGUGGCCCCAGUGGUGGCGGGAAGGCACUUGACCCUGUGGAGGAGAAUAAACGCCAAGAUCGCCGUAGGCGAGAGCGAAGGCAGCGCGAGCGCGAAGCGUUGAAAGACCCAAAGAAACCCAGCCGCAAACUUGAUAUUAUUGAUCAGUUGGAUGCAACUAGCAUUUAUGGGAUGGGAGUAUUCCAUCACGAUGGCCCAUUUGACGCCUGUAAUCCCCACCGCAACAGGCAAGGUAGCAGACGUGCACCAAUGCAGGCUUUCCCAAAGGACUCCUUGAACAAUGCCCUAGUUGGAGGACCACCGAUGAAUAGGCGGCCAAACCACGCAGCUUUCCUCGGGAACAAUGACGAGGAGGCAUUCAAGGACUUUUCUACCGGUGGUGGAGCAAGUACCAACUACGAGUCAUACGGAGGCCGCGCCAACGGACUUGGAGCACAGCCUAGCGUUCAAAGCUCAACCAUGAAGGUUGAACCCGUGCACGGCGACGAAUCCCUCGGCUUAGGUACAUCAACAUUCUUAGAAGGCGCACCAGCUUCCAAGGCAGCUAUCCAGAGGACGGCCGCGGAAACCGCCGGUGCCGAAUCUGCAGCUGCAAAGGCAGGAGGUGGUCUUGCUAGGAAGAAGUCGCUGGCACAGAAAAUCCGUGGCAUCAACAACCCGAGGCGAGAGUUCGCACCCGGUCCCGCGAGACGCGGCUCUAGCAACGACUCUCGCCCUAGCCCAUCCUCGCCUGGCCAAUAUGGCAAUGCUGGCAGGAAGGAAAGCAUCACCUUCAGGGAACCGGAAAACAAGCCGACGAGAUCGCCGCCAGGCUGUAGUCCGGGGAGGGAAGGGCCUGGCGCGCGUUUGGAGCGGAGGGUUACUACUGAUAGCACGGGUGGCGAGGAGGCUGCGAAGCCGGGGUUGGGGUUCUUGUCGAGGGUUAAGAGUCUGAAGGGGGGGCCGAAGAGGCCGAAGGCUGAUAAACCUGUCUUUGAUUAGAUGGGUGGGCUGUGCUUGAUAGGCGGCUCCUUCUUGCUGCGAAGCUGGGGUCCUGAAGAGGCUCAUUUGCAGCUCAUAUCGAGGAUGUCAAGGAAUAGUGCCUUCUUGUUCAAGUUCGUGGACUGGCUCAUACCCGCUUCAAAUAUAGUAGCAUGCUCUGCUCGCCAGUGCUUUGUCGCAUUUGAAGACUACUGGGCGUCUGGGAAGCGACGGUUUUCGCCUGGUUUUUUAACUUGGUUUUGUUUUCAUUUUUCAAUUUCAGAUGUCAGAAAGAUCCGACCGCCAUGAAACUUCGAACACGAUGAUAGCAGCUUCGAGAACACCGGUCGCCUUACUAGUUUCACUCAAGGAUGAUACUGGCAUGGGAACCACGAUUAAUCGUGCCAGUGACGACGCCAAGAUCGUGCAUAAGCGGAUGGAGGAUGUUUGGGCGGUGUGUGUACAUAGCGGUAUGAUGUAUGUCGGGGCGUAAGUGGCAUUGAGAGUUAUGAUGGAAAGUUAUCACGGAAGGGAAGGCCCAGGUUUAUUAUGGUAGUGGAGGAGGAGAAUGGAGUAAAUGGGAGCAGUUGUAAAACCUCAUUGUUAGUUGGGUCGAUAGGAAAGACGGCUAGAUCAAGAUCAACUCGAGAGUCGCUUUUUUAACUAUAGACUUAGUUAGGUUAGCUUGUGUCUAUUCUUUUUUAAAUUGAUGGGCUUUUAUGGCUUCUAUGCUC